AAAAAUCUAUUCCCUUUUCUGUCAUUACGCCGGACAUGAGCACGUAAAAAUCCUUUUCUCCAAGGUCGAGAUCACACUUGGCAUGGCCCGCCAGACAGGACAUCAAAACCAAGGAGACUAAAUCGGCUAUAAUAGCCUUGAACCGGAGUUUGGUCUGAUUGAUGCCUUAAGCCCUCCGAAUGUUGACUGUCGAGGUCGAGACCCCAUCUCCAGAGCCACCCGCCUUAUCGAUAUGCGGUCCCGUAGACAGGAAAAAAAAGUUUCAUCUUAGCGCAACGACCUCCGCUACAAUUCCCCCUCCACAUUUCAGCACUUCGAAGGGAUCUGUACCUUUAUAAAUCCCUCGAAAUGGUGAAACGGAAGUUAGGGGCCUUGGAGAAGGUCGAAGCUGACCUGCCCAAUUUACAACAUAAGCUUCGAAGAGACCCGAAGUCCUACAUCGAAGAUUUCCGCGCCCAGCACUACCAAUAUGAGAGCCACCGGGAAAUUUUCAUGGCUGCGCCCUCGUCGGCUACAGACACAGGAAUCAUCUCGCUGCGUGAACUGAUCGACUUCAUCGCUCAUGUCGCCGACUGCUACCCAGAUAUCACAAAGAACUUCGGCCAGGAGCUCAUUGAUAUGCUCACGCAGCACCAUCUGCUGCUGGAGCCAGAGUUGCGGGAGAAAAUCGUGGGGAGUCUGGUGCUGCUCCGGAAGAAGGACCUGAUGGAUUCUGCGACAUUACUGCAGACUCUGUUCCCGAUUCUCAUUUCGACGCCGAGCAAGACGCUGCGCGCUUUGAUUUUCCAGAAGAUCCUUAUGGAUCUGCGCUCUUCGAAUGCGAAGUCUACGAACCAUAAGCUUAACCGGACCAUGCAGACCGUUCUGUUUAACCUUGUGACUUCGGACCGAACCUCGUCGAAGGGUCUCUGGGCUAUCAAGCUCACGCGCGAGCUCUGGAAACGGCAAAUCUGGACGGACGCGAAGGCCGUUGAAGUCAUGAAGGAGGCUGCACUAGCAGAAAAUGAAAAGGUGAUUGUUGGUGGAGUGCGCUUCUUCCUCGGCGGAGACAAGGAGCGUGAAGAGAUGGAGGAGGAGAGCAGCGACGAAGAGGCGAUCGAUAUCGGCAAAGUAAAGCACCAAGUCGGAAUCAACAAGAAGACAAAGAAGAAGGCGCGCGCGAUUGAAAAGGCAAAAGCGACUGUGCAGCGACGCGAGCGCAAGAAGAACCAACCUCAUCCUCUGAACUUUUCCGCCCUGCAUCUCCUCCACGACCCGCAGGGAUUCGCCGAGUCCCUAUUCUCGAAACAUCUCCAGAGUUCAAAGUCGAAGCUCAACCUUGAGCAGAAGCUUAUGGUCUUACAACUUGUCACCCGCCUUGUCGGAUUGCACAAGCUGCAUAUCAUGCACCUCUACUCCUACUUUCAGAAAUACCUAACCCCUCGGCAACCCUCCGUCACUUCUUUCCUCGCCUCUCUCGCCCAGGCAUCUCAUGACCUCGUACCCCCAGAUGACCUGGAACCUCUCGUCCUCAAGAUCGCUAACGAGUUCGUCUCCGAGGCCGCAGCCUCCGAGGUUGCAACGGCUGGUCUCAACGCGAUUCGAGAGAUUUGCGCUCGACAGCCGCUCGCGAUAAACGAAACCCUACUCCAGGAUUUGGUCAUGUACCGCAAGAGUAAAGACAAGGGUGUCGUGAUGGCCGCUCGAGGUCUCCUCAGUCUCUACAGAGACCUGAACCCGGAGAUGCUUAAGAGACGGGAUCGCGGUAAAGACGCAUCUAUAGGACUCCAGCAUGGCGAGAAGCAGGUGAAACGAUUUGGUGCCCAGGAAGCCGGUGGCAUCGAAGGUCUGGAACUCUUGGAGAAGUGGAAGGAGGAGGAACGCAAGAGGAAGCGUGCCCAGAAGGGCCUAGCCUCCGACGAAGAAGAUGACGAAGAGGAAGAAGAAGAUGACUGGGACGCCUGGAACGUCGAAGAUGAUGAGGAUAGUGAUGAUUCUGGGGGCUGGAUCGACGUCCAGAGCGACGCAGAGAUCGACCUCAGCGACUCUGAAGAUGAGGAUGGCAACCGGCCCUCAAAGAAGGCUAAGCAAGCCAAUGAGGACAAGACUGCAGACUCCAAGCCAGAGAAUAAGCUGCCCAGCAUCGCAACAACCCGCAUCCUCACACCCGCCGAUCUCGCCAAGCUACAGGAACUGCGUCAGGAAGCUGCCGUCAAUGCCCUCGUCCCGGGAGCCAAGCGCCGUGGGCAGACAGCCGAAGCCCGCCACAACGACGACGCUCUCACAGCGGCCGAGAUCGAGGGUCUUGCUGCUCUAUCUGCUGGAAAGGCGACGCGCGAAGAACGUAUUGCCCAUGCCAGGGAAGGCAAGACAGAUCGAUCCGAACACAAGAGUGUGACCGCGAAGCGGAAGGAAAAGAAGGAGGAGCAGGGCAAGAGUACUACGAACAAGGAAAAGGCACGCAAGAAGAACUUCCUCAUGACACUGGGCAAGGCCAAGUCCAAGGGGAAGAGAAGUUUGGUCGAGACCCGUGCGGUCCUGCGGGCUCACCAGGACCGACAGAAGCGCGGUGGCCGGCGGGGAAACAAGUAAUCUCAUUUUAUCAUAAACUUGAAGCUAUACAGGCGUUUAUAGAUAUUUCCAUAUGUGUCAAGACAUUGUCUUUCUCACCACUGCCAGUACUUCAAACUCCGCACCACCAAUAUUCCCGCCCUCGUAUAUCCCCACAUCUUUAAACCCGCUCUGCUCAAAACAACCCUCGUAGUCACUCCAGUCAACCUUUGGCCCUAACCACAAAAUCUCAGCUACUUCCCCACCCCCAUACGUCUCAAUAUAUUUCAUCAGAAGCUUCGGCUCCCGUGGGUAAACAAACAUCCAGGCCUUUGCUUGGGCUGCCCGGGAGCACAGCUCCCAUGUCCCCGUUACAAAGUUCAUAUCCUGUUCUUCGAUGUAGAGAUUCACAGAGGAAUUGACCUCGACGCCUUCGAUGCGGACAUCGCGGUGAUUCGUUGUUAUUAGGGCUUCCAGCUGGCCCGAGCCAGAGCCGAUUGAGAGGGUGAAGUGGGGGUGUGUAGGGAGGAGCGAGGCAAGGUGGGUGAGGAAGGGUGUGGAGAGGGAGAGGCAGCAGUUCGGGUAGAGGGUGGGGGUUUGGGUGAGAGAUGGGAGGGCCAUUGUGUAGUGUAAUGAAUGAUUCAUCAGAUGAAUAUGACUUUGUUAGAAGAGGCUCGAUCUUAAAGAUUGGUUAC